GUUCAUCAUCAUUCCUCUUUCUCCCAUCUUUCACGCUCUUUAGCCUGGAAUGGCCGUUCCAGAUGCUCUCCAACGCGGCAAAGUCAGUCUGAAGCCAGCCAAAGUUCUCUCAGCUUCUGUAACUAGUAGGCUCCUGCCUCCAGUACUAAUCUCCAAUGUCUUCUUUGUCCUCGGUCUCUACUUGGCAAAGGAACAUUUGCUUUCCUAUGAUGUCGGCGUGUUCUGGGUGGUUAUCAGGGUCUUAGCUGUAGGAGGUUUGGGCACACUAGUUUGGGAGGGCUUGACUGUGGAUAUCUUGAAGCGGGGUAACAUAGAGUGGUCCGCGUUUGGGCUUUCAUCGUUGCUUCUGUUCUUGCAGCAGGCAGCUUUACUCACAGCACUCUACAGACUGCCAGUAACUCGUGUUCUUCUGUUUUCUCAUUUCUCAGUAGCGAGAUUGCAAAGGGCAGAUCCUCAGACUUCGCUACGGAAAGCCUUGUUUUUUACCUUGUCACUCCUUCUUUCGCUCGCUUCCGACAUCAUUGUAUCUCGGCGAGCCAUCCAGACUGUUGCGCCCGGCUACGCUGCGCUGGUCGUGUAUGCGCUAGUGUCAUAUGGGCUUGAGCAAAUGCGCACUUCCUUUGCAUCCUCCAUCUCCCCUAGACUCAUGACGGCUGCAAGCUGCUUCGGCGCAGCACUGUUUGCGCUUCCUCUGUAUGCCCUCAGGAAAACCCUUAUGAACGUACCGUCCUCCCCCAUACUCCCUUUGGCAUCGCUAGUUGUCGUACCGUUCCUGACCUACAUUAUGGUCUUCGUGACUCCUGAUUCUCCGGACGCUCAAUACAAUACAACAUAUACCUCGCAGUACUUCAUUUUAUCUUAUCCCUCCUCUUUGAUUGUCUCUCUUGCUGUCGGUCUCCUCGGGUUCACGCAACGUCCUGGAAUGUCUGAUUUUGCAAUCGGCUGUCUUCUCUAUUACGGUUUGUAUCCCCGAGACGAUGGUAUACCUGCCGGUCCCCCGAGUACUCCAUUGUCCAAAUUAUUCAGGUUCUACAUAAAGUCAAUACUAUCCGACAAUGAGUCCAGGAAGAUCUUUUACUUCCUCCUGCUUAAUUUGUGCUAUAUGCUAGUCCAGAUGCUGUAUGGCGUCUGGACCAACAGUCUUGGUCUCAUCUCCGACGCAAUUCACAUGGCGUUCGAUUGUAUGGCUAUUGGUGUUGGUCUCGUGGCUUCUAUUAUGGCUAAAUGGCCUCCAAAUGACCGAUUUACUUAUGGCUAUGGCCGUAUUGAAACUUUAUCGGGGUUCGCAAACGGGAUUUUCCUUCUUCUCAUUUCUGUCUUCAUCGUCUUCGAAGCUGUUCAGCGAAUCCUCGAUCCUCCUGAGAUGGUUACAGGUCAGCUUUUGUUGAUCAGCUCUUUGGGCUUGGGUGUCAAUCUGUUCGGGAUGUUCGCCAUGGGUGGGCACCACCAUCAUCAUGGUCAUUCGCAUGGACAUGACCACGGGCAUUCGCAUGAUCACGACCACUCUCAGGCUAAUAACCAUGGACAUUCGCAUGGCAAUGACCAUGAUCAUGGUCACGAAGAGUCUCAUCCAUCAACUCACUCUCAUGAUCACUCGCAUGAGCAUGAACACUCCCACUCUCACUCACAUGGCCACGACCAUUCUCAUCACUUUCAUUCGGACGAACACAACCCCAAACACCACUCGAACGAUUCGUCACAUUCCGAAAACCAUCACAACGGACACUCUCCAUUACAUGAGGGUUGUUCUGACCAUUCGCAUUCGCAUUCUCCAUCGCACCCACAACCAGCCGAUAAAUACGACCACGAAUAUCCUUCGACUGAUUCGCCCCCACCGUCACCACUACCCAAUUCUGCCUUCUUGGAAAAGACAGAGAGGGGUGGCGAGUCGCCCCGAAGUGCUACGAUGCGAGGUCGCAAGCCUCAUUCCCGUGGACCCUCCUUGCAAAUCAAGACUAACGGAAUGACUUCGCCAUCUUCUGUCACAUUCCCCGUUGGAUCUCCAAGAAUUGAUUCGCCUGUAGACCCUAGUCAUUACUUCAAACAGCACGACCAUGACCAUGACCAUGACCAUAGUCACGACCAUAGUGACGUGCAUGACCACGACCAUGGCCAUCAUCAUGAACACGAACCUCAUGGCCAUAACCACUCGCAUGGUCAUGACCAUGAAGGGCAUAGCCACAAUAUGCGGGGAGUCUUCUUACAUGUCAUGGCAGAUACCCUUGGUUCUGUGGGUGUCAUUGUGUCAACACUGCUGAUACAGUACUACGGAUGGACCGGGUUUGACCCAAUUGCAUCGUUGUUCAUUGCCAUUCUGAUUGUCGCAAGUGUUGUACCUCUUGUGGUGGACACUGGCAAGGUCUUAGGUCUCGACAUGGGGAAUCGGGAGGCUUCCAUUGAGCAGGCAUUGCUUGAGCUUGAACAUGUGGAUGGCCUCGUGUCCUAUUCCUCCCCGCGUUUCUGGCCGAAAGAUGAUGCUAGCGUGGUGGGCUCGAUCCAUCUACAGCUGAAGCCGUUGCCACCCGUCGGAUUUGGGACUUUGAGCAAGCAUUCUGCGAUUGAUGGGGUCCUGGAGCGCGUGAGCGCACUUUUGCGGAGCAGGAUACCCGGUCUGGAUGAGUUGACUAUCCAGUUAGAGGAGGCUAGGCCAUAGCGGACCCAUAUGUACAUAAUAUAAUGCCGUGGAUUUACGGAAAACGGUGAUACACCCAGC